CUCUCCCUCUCUCUCUCUCUCUCUCUCUCUCUCUCUAGGGUUCCACUCUUCUCUCUCCUCUCUCUGUUUUUUUAAUCUUCUCUCAUACAACCUACAAAAAUAAACCCCCAAAAAAUAAUCAUCAUCAUCUCACCUCCCCCAGAUCCUAGGAAACAUCAAGAACAAGAACAAGAACAAGAUCAAGAACAAGACCCCCAUCCAAUCCAAAUCCCUCCCCCAACAUUUCCCCAUUCAUUUUUUUUCUUUCCCCUCUUCAAAAAAAGAAAAAGAGAAAAAAAAAAGCAAUAAACAAGCAAAAACCACAAACGAUCCUCUCAUCUUCUUGAUUCCUGUAAUUCCUUCGCGACGAUUUUACGGAUCGGUCCCGAAUGUUUAGUAUACUCAGCUGUUAUGCAAGAAGGAUUAGGAUCCACUGAAAACUUUUAGAAGAGAUUGCAUAUAUUGGGUCUCAUGAGAAAUUCCAAAAGUGUGAGAGCUUAUAUAUUCCUCGCCCGGAGCUCGCACGAUUGGGCGCUGCCGCGGCCACUCCAGAUGCGGAGAUUCUAAAGCCCUCGACUGGAGCUAGGCUAUGAGGAUCUUUUGCCUGUGAUGGUUGAAACAAUGCUCGUGGCAAAGCAGUACCGCUGCACACACUCUUCAACAUGCAUAUGCCUUAAAGGUCAUCUCACCGAGGAUGCACUUUAUCUCAUAUUUCAGCACCUAAACUGGAACCCUAGAUUAAUCGCAGUUAUGUCAUGUGUGUGCAAAUGGUUUGACGAGAUAGCCAAACGGGUUCUAUGGAAAGAGUUUUGCUCUGCAAGGGCACCAAAGAUGAUGCAUGAUCUGCAGAAGAGCGGAAGUCAUAAUGUCGAUGGGAAUUGGAAAUCGCUUGGGAAACUUCUCAUUUACUGUUCAGGGUGCACCAAGGGUGGAUUGUUUUACAACAUAAACGUCCCAGGUCACUUUGUGCCGAAGACUAGGUUUUCUAGGACAUCAGGAAAGUGUUUUCUGCUUCCACAAUGCAGAAGCGAUGUGCUGUAUGUGUCGGAUCCUUGCGAGCAUCACGACCAGGGGGAUGAAGGUGAUGUGGGCUUUUUCCGCGGGAUCUUUCAGUCGUUUUCUGUUUCCAGAGUCAAGAGAAUGCUUAUUGACAGGCAGGCCAAAUUCCACCCAACCGAGGUGUGUCCCUAUUGUAAAGCCAAGUUGUGGAACAUGCUACAGGCCAAGAUGAUUCCAAGGAGCGUGUGCAGCAGAUUGGAUGCUUACGAUGAUUGUGUGGAGUAUUAUGUUUGCCUCAACGGGCACUUGCUUGGGAUAUGCACUCUAUUACCUCUCACAGACACAGAGGAAGCGUCAGAUUUGGAGUGAUGCUCACAGAAUUCAAAGUCAGAGCCGUCUUAUGCGGGAAAUCGUGGAAAGGGGGUUGUGAAUUAGCUCCCUGUCCCCUGGUUGCUAGACUUAGAGGGGCACAUGUGGCAGGUCAAUGCGCAUAUCCUGGAGAGCUUCUGUUGUAAUUCGGAGCGUGACAAACAGGAUGAUGCAAUCAUUGAUCGGUGUUCUAACUGUUCCAUUCUAUCGGAGUUCGCGAUUAGUUCUACUGGAGCACAAGAAGCUGUUUAAAGUGUUUCCAGUUCUAUUUGUAACUUAGCAUUACAAGAGUAAGAUGGUAAUUCUAGCCUAUUAUUAUUAUUAUUAUUACUAUUAUUAUUAUUAUUGCCACCGAGUAAUUAUACGGUUUCUGAUAUAUCAGUGUGUGCAAAUGUUCUAUCAGCUUUAGCUAAACAAAAACUGUGAAAUGUAUGAUGCAUGAAAAUAUGUAAAUUAAUGUAGGAUUGAUUAUUUGCUACGAGAUUGGCUUAAUCUUCUA